AAAGAUAGCAAUGGCCAUGCCAAUGUCCUCACCGAGUGCCAACGCCAUGACAAUGAAGGCAUUGCCUUUGCGAGCCCUCCUGGGGCCAAUCCUGCUAUGUCUUCUUCUUCUCCCUGACCAUGUUCAUGUCUCUGCUGCCGACCGUGUGCUUCUUAAAGCCGAGCAGGAUCACGAUAGGGUUGGGCCAAAGUUCAAGCCUGGCCCUUGGAAGCAUGCUCAUGCCACAUGCUACGAAGGAGGCUCUGGAACCUUUGGUGGAGCUUGUGGUUACCAUGAUGUUGUUAAAGAAGGUUAUGGCCUCAAAACUGUAGCACUAAGCGAUGCACUGUUCAACAAAGGGCAGUCGUGUGGUGCAUGCUUCGAAAUCAGAUGUGUAGACUCACCCCAAUGGUGCAAGCCCGGGCAGCCAGUUGUGUCAGUCACAGCAACAAACCACUGCCCUCCAAACUACAACCUCCCAAGUGACAAUGGAGGAUGGUGCAAUUCGCCACGCGAGCAUUUCGAUAUAGCCAAGCCCAUCUUCCUCCAGAUUGCUGAGUACAAGGCUGGCAUUGUCCCAGUUGAAUAUCGAAGAGUGCCAUGCAAAAAACAAGGAGGCAUUCGGUUCACAAUAACUGGGAAUCCUUAUUUCAAUGAAGUGAUGGUUUGGAAUGUCGGAGGCUCUGGGGAUGUAACAAGUGUCGAAGUGAAGGGUGACGGCAAGCUUCCAUGGACGCCGUUGAAGCGAAUGUGGGGUCAGAGGUGGACCACCGAUGCUAAGCUUGUUGGGGAGUCAUUGACAUUUAGGGUUGGUGAGAGUGAUGGAAGAACCAUUACUUCAGUGAAUAUUGCCCCUAAGAAUUGGCAGUUUGGUCAGACCUACGAGGGCAAGAACUUCGAUUAGAGUAGAAACAUGUUGGAAGCUUCAUUUUGAUGCUUUCGACUAGGAAAUUAAUGAACAAGCUCUAAUGUUUCUUUCAAUUCUUUACCUUUUGUUGAUUGAAUUAGUUUUGCUUGUUAUGUUAUAUGUAUAAGUUGCAAUGAAAUGGUUAAGCAAAGGGGUUGCCAUGUUAGGUGGAUAGAACAUGGAUAUAGUUCUAGAUGUACCAUUAAUUAGGUUAAAUUUUAAUUUGACGAAAAGUAAUUUAGUUGUGA